GAGAAUCAAUAUACGCCCUCUUUUGCAGUCGGCUUAAGACCUUAGGCCUACAUUAUGCUUUGUCUUUAUAAACUUUUUUUUACAGUUUUUACGUUUUUUUUACCAGGUGCUAGACAAGAACAGGAUCUUUAUGUUCGUCUCAUCGAUUCAGUUACGAAACAGUCUAUACAAUACGAAGGUCAAGACAAAAACCCAGAGAUGAACAGAGUUCUUAUUACACACGAGAUCAUGUGCAGUCGAUGUGGAGAGAAGAAAAGCUGCGGAAAUCGAAACGAAACACCAUCAGACCCAGUCAUCAUAGACAGAUUCUUCCUAAAAUUCUUCAUGAAAUGCAAUCAGAACUGCCUAAAGAACGCCGGAAAUCCGCGCGAUAUGAGACGGUUUCAAGUCGCUAUUCUGCCAGCAUGUCAUAUAGAAAAUAUCUUAGCUGCCUCGGAAAAUAUGUUUGUUCAUAAUAAUUCGAAACACGGUCGAAAAAUUCGUCGCCUAGAUCCGUCAGAUGGUGGGGGGUAUUUAUGUGCGGCAGUGCCCCAAAUUAAAGCUAUGUGCCCAAAUGAAGGAUGGACAAACGGUGGAACUCAAGUAGUUAUUAUCGGUGAGAAUUUCUUCGAAGGUCUACAAGUAGUUUUCGGUUCGCAUAUUAUUUGGAGCGAGCUAAUUACUCCACACGCGCUCCGAGUUAUCGCUCCUCAACGCCACAUUCCUGGAGUGGUGGAGGUGACUCUAUCUUACAAAGGAAAACAAUUCUGCAAAGGUGCUCCUGGACGUUUUGUUUAUGUCGGUAUGAAUGAACCGACUAUCGACUAUGGAUUUCAAAGACUAACAAAACUUGUGCCACGUCAUCCCAACGAUCCAGAGAGAUUACCAAAAGAAGUCGUACUGAAGAGAGCAGCAGAUUUGGCUGAAGCUUUGUAUAGUAUGCCAACUCAGUCCGCUGCUGCGGCAGCAGCUGCUCAGUACCCGAACCUAGCUCCAGCUAGACAUUCAAAUUCAACUUACGGUUAUACCGGACAAUUGGCAGUAAGCGUUCAAGACCCUAAUUUGAAUGGAUGGGAGGACGGAUACGCCAGACAUCAGAACGGCUCGAGCGUCUCCCCUCGUGCAGGUUACGGUUCGAACGGUUCAACCCCGCAUUCAAGUAACGGCAGUUACAGCGAUACGAGUUUUACGUCGCCACCUGCAGGGGGCGCUUCAGCUUCUAGUACUACUGCCGGUAGGCUUCAUUCUAAAACAAAACAAAUAACUGCAUGUUAAACUCUAAAACAUACUUUUCUAAUGUGCAAUAAGGCUCUUUCGCUUUUUGCGAUUGAAACGGCUUUGCUCUUUUCCUUCUUUCUAAUGUUGCUAUUAAAAUUGCAUGCAGUACAUAUAUAUAAUGCAAUUUGUAUAGACUACGUGUAUUUUUAAAGAUAAAAUAAUUUACAAGUCUAUAAAUAGGUCAAUGUUGUAUAAAAACAGUUUUCAUAUUUACAAACUUAAAAAUUAGGUUAUGAUUUGGAUUUUAAAAUUUAUUUUCAAAUCCUUUAGCUCUACCAUCUGAAUCUCCUCAGUCGUCGAGGUCUACAACAGCCCCUUCCAUUUUUUCCUUUACCCCAGCUUCCAUGAUAUCAGCCGUGAAACAAAGAUCAGCUUUCGCUCCGGUUAUGAGAACUAGUCCCCCCCCUCCACCUAAUCCUAUGGCACUUCAGAGUGGAUGGGCUCAUCCCAUUUUAACGGAAUGAAAUUAAAAACAUACAGAUCAGGAACAGUAUUUGAUCAGACUUUUUUUU